CUGACGUUUUACAUCGUGCUUAUGUCUCAUAGAUAAAAUAAACCGACAAUCAAAUUGUUUGGAAUUUAGAGCAUCACAUCACAAAGAUAUAUCACAUAUUUUUAACUGCCGAAGAGAAACAAGAUGGCCACUCAGACAGAGACGCUGCUCGAGGAUAUGCUGCCCUCAACUACCGAGGCACAAACUUACGUGGAAUCUCCACUCAACACCGUCACCAACAGCACCCCAGCAGCAUCUCGUGUACAGAAAAUAGCAGUGACAUUCCAACUGUCUGGCGUCAACUUCGCAGCGAGCGCUACAAACGGCCUCAUCGUCGUGGGUCUCCCCCAAAUGACCGCCGACCUCUCCCUACCCCCAUCCCUCGCCUUCUGGCCCUCCUCCGUGCAAGGGCUCGCGACAGCCUCGACGCUGCUCCUCGCCGGUGCCCUCGCAGACGUGCUAGGCGCCAGGUCCGUCGAUCUGCUCGGGUGCAUCCUCAGCGGCGCGCUCAUGCUGGCCUGCGGAUUCGUCCGCGCGGGCGAGCAGCUAGUCGCGCUAAGGGCCCUACAGGGCGUUGCGCUUGCGCUGCAUCUCUCGAGCUCUGUGGCCCUUGUGACAAAGACGCUGGCGCGGGGACGGGGGAGGAAUUUCGCUUUUGCGUGUCUGGGGUUGAGCCAGCCGCUUGGCUUCUCGUUUGGGCUUGUCCUUGGCGGAGUGCUCGUCGAGACUAUUGGCUGGAGAUCAGGUUGGUUUCUCUACGGUGGUAUCAAUCUUGUAUUGUCCGCGGUGGGCUUCUGGUCUUUGCCAAAGUCCGAGCCGCUUGGAACGUUGCAGGAUGUGAUUCAGAGCGUUGCGACAAAGAUUGACUGGCUCGGCACUCUCCUCGCUUCAGCUUUCAUGGCACUGCUGUCAUACUUUCUAGCUGUCAUCAGCACAGAUGUGUACCGCAUCAAAGAGGCAAGCAGCAUUAUUCUCUUAAGCUUGAGUCUCGUUGCACUGCCGCUCUUUGUCGGCUGGAUGCAUCUUCAGGUGAAAAGGGGUCUACCGGCCUUGAUACCGAAUUCGUUCUGGCGGAACCACUCUUUCACCACGAUCUGCGUGACCAUAGCCUUAUCCAACGCUGUCAUAAACUCCCUAGAGCUAUUUGCGAGUCUGUUCUUCCAAGAGGUACAGCACCUGUCAGCUCUCAAUGCAGCUAUUCGUAUCCUACCUAGCGUCGUGGUAGGUGUAACCCUCAACUUCACAACAGGUCUCGUUGUCCACAGGAUCCCUGCUAUAUGGCUCGUUGUUAUCACAUCUGUCCUCACAGCAAUCUCGCCUCUACUCAUGGCACUCAUCGACCCUGCGUGGACGUACUGGACAGCUGCAUUCUUCGCACAGGUGCUCAUGCCUUUCUCUGCAGACGUCCUCUUCACAGUGGGUCUGAUAGUCGUCACUGAAACGUUCUCCGAAGAUAAACAGGCGGUGGCCGGGUCAGUGUUCAACGCAGCGUCCCAGUUUGGAAAUGCCAUGGGUUUAGCCGUGAUGCAGGUUAUAUCUACCCUUGUCAGCAAGCAACAUGCAGGAUCGAAGCCAGCUGAGGCUCUUCUCCAGGGCUACAAGGCAAGUUUCUGGACCAUGUUCUCAUUCAUGGUUCUCUGUGCUCUCAUUGGGGGCGUCGGACUACGCAAAGCCGGCAAAGUCGGUCUGAAGCAAGAGUAAAAAAGGGGCGCUGGACAGCUACAGAAGUUGAGGGCGACGAUCUCCCUAGGAGAAGGGAAGGUGGAAUUUGGUGACAUUUCGAUAGAAAUCUAUUGAAUCAACGGGAGUUGGUCCUUGUUCCGUAGCAAGUCGGGGCGGGCUUCGCGAACCUAGUCAGCUCCCAAUCGAGUUAUUGCGUCCGGCAUGGGUCCUUGGCGUUAGGUUCAGCUUUCAGAAUACUAGCAGUGUCGAUCCCACGGGAAAGUGUCUUGGAGUUCAGCUGUCACGGAAAUACCUACUCCUUGAUCCCUGGGUAAAAUGUUAAUUCCUCACCUUCAUUUCCUGAAUAAUUCCAUGAUCAGCC